UACUGAGGUAGUAGCUAUUGGUUGGUGAGGGCCUGGCGCUAUCUACCAUAGUGAUAAUUACAGGGACCGUCUACAUCUAUAUCUGUGUGUUUUGGAGUGUUUAUAAUUACAUGUUGUAGACUCAGCUGAAGGUGAUCAGAGUGGCUUCAGUGAAUGCAUGUCAUCACGUCCCGAUGGCGUGAAUCGCCACUCAAUUAUUACCAGGCUGUCGUCAUAUGGAUCAAAUAAUGCUUCGUUGAGCGUUAAACGACACUGACACUCCACUCGUGUAAAUUGAUUGCGUCCAGCAUGGACGAAGCCAUGGCCCUUGACAACGACGAUCAGAUGGAGAGACAGCUAUCUUGUUGUGUGUGUCUGGAACUCUUCACAGAUCCUGUACUUCUUCCAUGUCUCCAUUCACUGUGCCGUCGCUGCGUGGAGAGGUUUACACGGGACGGGCCUGUCACGUCGCAGGCGUUUAAGUGUCCGGAGUGCAACAGUCAAGUUGAUUUGGGUACAAGUGGUCAUGCUAGUUUAAAGCGAAACUUCCCUUUGAGUAGUAUGGUGGCUAUAUACAGACAAUCCCAAAGAAAAAUCAAAUUAUCUCAGUCACCUCGGACUUUAGACCACCAGUCACUUCCAAAUCAGCUGAUAACUCCAAACCCAGGUCUUCCAACGGCAGCACCACGCCAUUGUCUUCAUGCAACUGCACCAAAUCAAGACCUUCUGGCGACACUUCCAAAUCAAGGCCAGCAGACGACACUUCCAAAUCAAGGCCAGCAGGCUAUACUUCCAAAUCCAAUGAUGCAAGGGGCACCUCCAUAUCAAGCCCAGCAGACGACACUUCCAAAUCAAGUGUUGCCAUCCACGUGCAGCACGUGCGAUAUAGGACGGACCAGUCAAGCACACGUGUUUUGUGAAACAUGUAAUAUUGCUUUCUGCAAGACCUGCCGCGGUGUCUAUCAUCCGGAGGAAAUCGGCCACACACUGAAACUGAUGAAGGAACCACUGCCACCCGUACAAGAGAAGGCUGAGCCCCACAAGUGCACCCUCUGUGACCCCGCAUCACCAACCCCAUCCCCAGCACGUCUCCGAUGUCUGGAGUGCCAGAUGACCUUCUGUAACAGCUGCCUCCAUGCCUUCCAUCCCACCAGCAUUACAAACCCAGAGCACACUCUGGUGGACGUACAAUCUGCCCCUGUCCAGACAGGGAACCCACCUUCUGAUGCGACGGAAAGACGAUCGUCAGAACCCACAAGGGAUCGCGGGGGUAGCAUGAGUUCAGUUCAGUCCAGGGUGGAUGUCAGUGUCGUGUCGGAACUUGCUCAGUUCGCUGUUGAGUUUACCUGCAAAACAUGUCAAACGACACCACCACAGACGGCCACAGUUAAGUGCUUGGACUGCUCCGUCUAUCUAUGUAUAGGGUGUGUGGGCCAGCACCAGUCCCAGUCUCCAACGCAUUCUCUCAUGGACAUCAGCCUAACGCCACAGAAAGAAGAAACCAAGCGCAAAUCAACUAAAAAGAAACCUGCGCCCAAGAAAUCUGUCAAUGUUCAGUUGAAGUUGAUUGAGCUGAUGAACAUUCGCGCUGAUGCGAUGGCCGAGUUGCUGCACGUUCUGCGAGAUCGCCGAGCUACGCUGCAGAGGGCUGCCAAAUAAAGGAUGGCUGAGAACUUACGAAUACAUGACGUUUGACCUGAUAUUAUCAUGAGUGACACCAGUGGUGAUUAUCUGUGGCCUUCACUACAACUGACGCAACAGCAGCGUAAUUCUGUUUAUAUCCCGCUGGCGAUCGCGUGAUGUGCUGGUAUAUAACACAAGAAUAUGAUUAACUUCGCACUUAAUCCUUAUGUUACAUAGCUUUUGUCAUUUACGCCCAGACAUAAUGGGUGAUACGUUAUUUCAGUGACGUAUAAGUAUUUUACCUAUUGUCAGCAUUAGCUACAUUGUUGUGUAUUAUCUAGAAAUUAUGAUGACCUUGCAAUCGGCAUAUGCUGUUUGUCUGUUUGUUUGUUGUUUAACGCCGCACUCACCAAUAUUCCAGCUUUAUGACGGCGGUCUGUAAAUAAUUGAGUCUGGACCAGACAAUCCAGUGAUGGCAUCAUAAGCAUCGAUCUACGCAAUUGGGAAACGAUGACAUGCAUCAACCAUGUCAGCGAGCCUGAACACCCGAUCCCGUUAGUCGCCUCUUACGACAAGCAUAUGUUACUGAAGACCUAUUCUAGUCCAGAUCUUCAAGGGUCGCGAAUAAAAUUAAAUAAAGGGUCUAAUUAUAUGUUAUGGGUCUAAUUAUAUUUUAUUUUCAUUUCAACCACAGACCCUUUUUUGAGAGUUUGAAACCCGUUCACCAUCAGGUAGAAAAAGCAUUAAUAACACAGACACAUGCACAUGUAUAUACGAUAUUGCGCGCUGGUAUUUUGAAUACUCAGUAUUUCUUUUGAAUUUUAUGUGAUUAAAUUCUUAAGGUAAAGCUAGAUGUUCAAGUCGGUAGUUAGGCACAGUAAUAUCUAGUCCUGAGAUGUCAGUUUGAAUACUACUUGAAUGAGAAAAAAACUAGUUUCUUGUUUUAUGACGCUUUCAGCAAUAUUUCAACUAUAUGAUGGCGGCCUGUAAAUACUCAACUCUAGGCAGACAUACCAGUGAUUGAUAUUUUGAGCAAGCAUCAACGCCGCCGGAGUGCAAUGACACGCAAUCAACUUAUCAUCGAGUCUGACCAACUAAUCUAUUAAGUUGCCUCUUACGACAAGCAUAGGUUGCUGCGUGUCACUUCUAAUCACCAAAAGUACUGGUCACAAAUAUUAAUGCGAUGCAGACUACUCUGAAUAAACAGUUCAUACUGAAUGGAUAUUAUAUUCUAUUGUAUAGUUCAGGCCGUGCAUUAAGUAUGAGAUGUUCCGCUCUAAAUACAGCGCUAUGUAUUGAACUAGUUAUGGCUAUAUUUCGUUAUAUUUCCCUCGCUCUCCAACCUGGCAGAUGGCUGACCCAGCAAAUGUAUGCUUACUUGAAGGGAAAUACUAUUUGAAACGUAAAACUUCUCAACGCUUUCAAAAAUAAUUAAUAACAAUAACAUUUUACAUUUUACAUUUUUUGUGUUUCAAGUAUUGAAUAUGAUCAUGCAUAAAACACGAUCAGUUUAUUUACUGUUAUAUUCUAUACUGAAUUAUCAUCUCUGUAAACUGACAUGAAUAAACCUGUUUCAUUCUUA